UGAUGAUAGAGAUAUCUAACCUCAAUGAUCAGUUGCGAUGGGAACGAAAGUACUUCUAUAAGACAGGGCUAAUAUCCAUACUCAAGCGGCUUUUUGAAGCAUCGAUCGACAACGGGCACCAAUACUUUGCACUUCCUCAAAUAUAGACCCCCAAAACAAAAUGCACCUUCCAAGGUUUCCUCACUCCAAGAGCGAGUGGAAGGCUGCGCUCAGUACCAAUUCUUUGGGCGAGAAGUCUUCCCAAUGGAUCAAUAAAGAUCUUGCACCGACACCAAAAGCGGAACGCACAUGGUCAUGGAUCUCGUUAAGCAGCUAUUGGUGGGGUAAUGCAUUCAACGCAAGUCAGUGGUCGAAUGGAGCCAGUUUGAUCUCCGUUGGUCUCAAUUGGUGGCAAGCAUUGAUCUCCUGCAUGCUGAUUUCCAAGGCCAACUUGAUCUCCUCCUCUGUUGCACUCGCACUGGGCCGACCAGGAGCCAAGUAUCACAUUGGAUAUCCUGUUCUGGCUCGAAGCGUGUUUGGAAUGUAUGGUCAACUAUUCUUCGUUUGGGUUCGUGCCGUGGUGGCCAUUAUCUGGUUUGGAGUUCAAUCCUAUUUCGGCUCACAGCUCCUCGGUGUUUUGUUAAGAUGCAUCUUCGGCAAUUCGUGGUGGCACAUGGUGAAUCACCUUCCCGAGAGUGCCGGUAUCUCUUCUCGAGAUCUCCUAGCUUUCUUCUUGUUUUGGAUGAUCGAGAUGCCAUUCUUGACCGUCCAUCCAUCUAAGAUUAAGUUUCUCUUUGCUGCCGAGUCUAUUGUCUGUCCACUUGCCUGCGUCGGGGUCUUUGCUUGGUGUGUUCACUAUGGUGGAGGCAUUCGAGUUGAGACGCUCGCAUCGACUACACCGGUCAGCGCCGGAGGUCUUGGCUGGGCAAUGAUGAACGGGAUUAAUAGUUGCCUCGGGGUCACAUCUGCUCUCUUAGUUAACCAACCGGACCUAACGAGAUAUACUCGCCGCCCCAAAGAUGCUGGGUGGAGACAAGCAUCAUCUAUCUUUGCUAGCAAGACUCUGAUCUUCUUCUUCGGCAUUGGGGCUACAGCUGCAACCCAAGGAAAAUUUGGCCAAGCUUAUUGGAAUCAGUGGGACUUGCUCAAUGCCAUACUCGACCGAUUUUGGGGCCCAGGCGCUCGUGCCGGAUGUUUCUUCGCCUCUUUCGGCUUCACCCUCUCCAUCCUAGGGGUCAACAUAGGUUGUAAUGCCAUUCCGUUUGGUGCUGAUGUAACUGGCCUGCAGCCAAAAAUGUUCACGAUUGUUCGUGGUCAAUUAUUCUGCGGCUUAGUUUCCCUGGCGAUAGUUCCAUGGAAACUUCUAACCAAUGGGUCCUCCUUCCUCACUUUCCUUGGAAGUUACAAUAUUUUUAUCUCGCCAAUUUGUGGUAUCGUCAUCAUUGACUACUUUUUCAUCAAACGUGGCAACAUUCAUACCCCUUCCCUGUUCACUCCAGCUCGCGGCACCUUAUACUAUUACGCAAAGGGCUGGAAUCUCAAGGCGCUGGGCUGUUGGGUCGCUGCCGCGCUUUUCGGGAUCCCCGGUCUUGUUGGUGCCUACCAUCCUUCUGCCGUUGCGAAAGCUGCAACUCAUAUGUAUCAGAUGGGCUGGGUACUCUGUUUCACAGUUGCAGCAGCUUUCUACUUCGGCAUUAACGUCCUUCUCCCUGCUCAAGUGGUACCCGAUGGGUGUGAAUCCGACGCAAAACAAUUUGAGAGCUUUGCAGAUACGGAAGGGUACCUCGAGGGAGAUGCUUUGGUUGAGUUUCGAGGACUGGAGAUUCAUAACGGACAAGAACCUGUAUCGGGUUCUGCUAGCUUCAGCGUGGAAGAGAAGGUUUAAUGACCUUUGUGUAACGAAAGACCUCCAUUCCGGAAUGAAUUUCUUUGGCGUUCAAGCGGAAGAUAUAUCAUAUCAUCGAUGCAAUUACUGUGAAUGAAGAUGGCGUUAUAUCAGCCGGAAUUUGAUCUUAUCAAUUGUAAAUAUUCGGACUGAGAAGAAUCUUAGAUAAAAGAAAUACUCG